AUGAGCUCUCUUCGACCCCUCCUCAACUUCUCUCCCCGCCUCUGCUCAAGAGUCUCAACCUCAACUUCUUCUCUCCGACCCAAUCUCUUCACGAAGUCAUCUUUUGUUACUUCUUCACCAACUUCUAGAUAUUUCUCAGCAACAUCUAACAACAUGGGCAAGGCUUGGUUUAAGAUUGAAUGGGAGGGUCCCUCCGUCGAUGCCAACGGCAGACCUACUGGUCAGCCCAAGGUCCAGACCGCUGUCAUGAACUUCAACCUCUACAGCGACGUCGUCCCCAAGACUGCUGAGAACUUCCGCGCUCUCUGCACUGGCGAGAAGGGCUUUGGCUACAAGGGCUCUUCCUUCCACCGUAUCAUCCCCGAGUUCAUGCUCCAGGGUGGUGACUUCACCCGUGGCAACGGCACUGGUGGCAAGUCCAUCUACGGUGAGAAGUUCGCCGAUGAGAACUUCCAGCUCAAGCACGACAAGCCCGGUUUGUUGUCCAUGGCCAACGCUGGCCCUAACACCAACGGCUCCCAGUUCUUCGUCACCACCGUCGUUACUUCGUGGUUGAACGGUCGCCACGUCGUCUUCGGCGAGGUUGCUGACCAGGAGUCGCUGAACGUUGUCAAGGCUCUCGAGGCUGUCGGCUCACAGAGCGGUGCUGUCAAGUACAGCAAGCGCCCCACCAUCAUUGACUGUGGUGCCGAUUAA